AUGACUUGCAAUUCAACCAAAGGCAUUGCACAUGCCAUUCCACGCCGUGCUGCAAACGCUUGUCUGCACAUUUGGAACAGACGUUCGCCAGCGUACACAUUGGCUCUUAUGCUUGCAUGUGGGUGUGUAGGUGUGCAAGUAGCAUUCUGACACCUUAUUCAUAGCUUGUUUCAGACGACUUCUAGGCGCGUGAUUAUACAGGUAUAUUAGCGCUGCUAAGCAGAGUAUCUAAUGCGACUAGCAUAAUGUUUUUAGCAGUUGGGUACUGUAUUGGAAUAGUGGCUGCGACUGUUGCAACAGUGGAUGUGACAGCUACAGCGGCAACAACAACGAGACUCCACCGUUCCUAAGUACCUGCUAACCAACUCUGUAAAGCACAAUCAGUAUUGGAAUUGUUAUUAAAGCUGUUUCACUACUUUGGCCCAAAACAACAAGCGUUCAUCUAACAACAACAUCCAAGUCCGUUAGUCUAACAACAACUAAUCAAACAAUGCUAUGUGCGAGAAGCGAGCAGUGAGCGGAUGAUUAGUUGGCUGUGGCGGUGGUGCAAUAAAUGCAUUGCGUCGGUGGUUUGGCCGACUUACGGUUUUUGCCCGCGCAACCGAAUGAGUGCGGAACGAUUAGGAAGGAAGGAAAGAAACGGAAGAGGUGCGCUACCGAGCAUUGGGCGCAAAUUGGGCGAGCAUGAAGGUGCGCUCUCUGCUCACUGCUCGUGCGUUGAGCGCCACACAAUCGCAAAAUAAACAGCAAUUGCGUUGAAUGUCGUGUCAGCAUGAGGGCAUGAGGGUAUGGCGAGGAAGAUACAAUCAAACAGCACAUGAGAAGGCCCACUCCAAACCUGUUGACCUAAUUUUGAAUAGUGCGUCGUCUCGCUUCAAACAUUGGCGCGUCGGCGUUUCCACUCAGUUUACGAUUAGCACACAACGGCCGCUACGCUCUUUGUUACAACACACACAAAAAGAGAGACAGCAUGCCAAUUGCUGUGGAGCGCACUGGUGUUUUGUGUACGGGGAGCUGACUGAAUGCUGACUACGUAUAUGAACAGGGAGCGUUUUGCUUUGGAGACGAUUACUGCCUACGGCUUUAGUUAUGGCGCAGCUGACACUGAUGUUUGCGCUGCCGGCGUCGCUGCGUCGCAUUCGUCUAAAGUGGUAUUCCCUGACACACUACUGCCUGUGUGCUUGCAUAGUGCGGUACUUUGGAUUCAGUAUAUGUUGUUGUGUUGUGCCGAAAAGCAAAACAUUAGAAUCGAAGACGCGAAACACGCGUACCAGCGUUCUCCGAAAACGCCAUCGUCUGUAGUCACUCAUCGAACGCUUUCGUUCCAUCGUCGAUUCGGUUGUUUGUCGGACGCAUAAGCGCAUCUGUGAAGAACGCGGCCGCGUAGAAAUACAUACAUAUAUUCACACAUAGUAUACGGGUUUCGAGUACAUGAGUGCAUGGAUUAUUUUGUGGAUUGUGCAAUAAAGUUAUGAAAAUAAUCGCUGAAGACACUACAAGUAGAAGCAACAUCCAAGUUAUGAAAAAUUGCAAGCUUCUGCUGGCCUGACAUCAGUUUUACGUGAGGUAAAUGGCUGAAACUAUAAGUGCAGCCGCCGGUAUGGAGAUGACAUUAAAGGACAGCGGAAUAAUUGAUAUGACACCCGGGAGUUUGUUGCAGCACAGUGCGUUAGUCAAGCAUACACAUGCGCUACGUAGCUUGAAGGAAUGCAGCGCAGAUGAACAGCCAGUGGCCUUGGAUAGUACAGCACGCGCAAAUAGUACCCCGCCAACGAAUUACUCCACAUCCACAAGUACACCGAAUCCGCCCGCUAUGGCGACGUUUCGCUGCGAACGUUGCGACCAUUUCGAGACUACUUCUAGGGCAUCGCUACUGCUACAUGUCGUCCAGUGUUUGUCUAAUCAUGCGCGCCUCAAAACCGAAGAGCCUGACUUGGAGAAUCUGAGUGUUGUCGGUUCGGUGAUGCCCCAUGCAGAGCAAAAUGCAGGCAACAGCAACGAUGUAGCCAAAUUGGUACCGGAUACGGCAACGGUAAAUAAUGUGCCCUCAAAUAUGUCGGUGGUUGCAACGAAUGGCAAUGCCAGCAGUCCAACUGCAUCAUCGUCUUCGUCGUCCUCAUCCCGCAAAGUUUUCGAAUGUGAUGUUUGCAAUAUGAAAUUCUCAAAUGGCGCCAAUAUGAGACGGCACAAAAUGCGCCACACUGGUGUCAAGCCUUACGAAUGCCGUGUCUGCCAAAAGAGAUUUUUCCGCAAAGACCAUUUGGCAGAACAUUUUACAACGCACACGAAAACUCUUCCAUACCACUGUCCCAUAUGUAACCGUGGCUUCCAGCGCCAAAUCGCUAUGCGCGCGCAUUUCCAAAACGAGCAUGUCGGCCAACACGACCUCGUUAAAACCUGUCCACUGUGUAGCUAUAGAGCAGGUUCUAUGAAAUCGCUAAGGAUUCACUUUUUCAACAGACAUGGUAUAGACCUUGAUAAUCCCGGACCGGGUGGUUCCUCAUCUUUACUGCUCGCCUUGGAGUCGCAGGCAUCACAAGUAGCAGCUGCCGCAGCCGCUGCCAGUUUCGUACCGGGCCUGAAUGUCGUGGCUGCAGCUGCUGCUGCUGCAAGCCAGAAUGCUAACUCGAAUAUGACGACGACUCAUCAGAGCGAUAGCGGCGAGUCGAUGCGUUCGCUGGAGAAUGCCACACCGCCCAUGCACUUUUUGACUCCACAUGUGGAAAUUUCAACGCUGUCCGACAAUGGAACCGAUUUGUUCAAUGUAACAUGGAAUGCGUUGCUAAAUUGCAAAUUGGGGAAAUCCACUGAUGCGGCGUUUUUAUGUGCAUUUGAUUUGCAGGGGAACGCCAAUACCGCAACCGGGGUGGAACUGAUGGAGACGAAGAGCGGCGGUCGAGGCGAGCGGGAUGCAGUCAUUGGAAAUAAUUCACCAGCACAACCACCACCUCAAGAACAUCCGAUCGAUUGCAAUACCAAAUCGUUGCCUUCAAGCACCAGUCAUGUCGGUGUGCAGUUGAAUGCUUGCCCUUCACCAAAAACCCAUCACCACGAGAACCACAUCACACCAUCCAUCAGUUUGAUACCAAUCAAGCAGGCGAGUGAACCAGUAGGGGAGGAUUUAUCAACGGAUGCUAAUAAGAGCGGCACAAAAAUUAGCCCAACCACACAAUGCGAUCAAAUGAAUGGCGGUGACAGCAGUGAAUCGGAAUUCUCGUCUCCAAACGGCAGAUUAACUUCGUUAAUUAAGGUAUCCCCACUGAAGUCCUUGUUAAGAGAGGACCUUAAACGACGCAUUUGCGCCAAGGCUAAUAAUCGCAUCACUCGCAAUGCGGCUGUAUUGGACAACAACAAUGUCGUGCAAACAGGCGGCGUCACCGGCACUACAAGCAACAGCUCCUCCUGCAAUUCCACCCCUAUAUGCAACGGCACGAUCACCUCAACCGGCCAAGAGACCGAACCAAACCUGCUAAACCGCAAGCAAAUACUCACUUGUUUAUUCUGUGGCAUCGAGUUCCCGGACGAAACACUGUACUUCCUGCACAAGGGCUGCCACUGCGAGAGCAAUCCAUGGAAGUGCAACAUAUGUGGCGAACAAUGCAACAACGUCUACGAAUUCAAUUCGCAUUUGUUGAGCAAAAGCCACCAAUAGCAACCAAUGAGCCUUGCAACCGCGGCCAAUAUAAACAAUCAAAAGUAGAUAGCUACAAGCACGGCGGCAUUUCGGAAACGAUAACAGUUGUCCAUAAAGCAGGCAAUGAAGGACUCGUUGAACGAGCUUUCUUUUAUAGUGAGACAAAUAAUCUACAGCUAGAGGCAAUAUUAAUGGGGAAGGCUCCACCAGUAUGUGAAUGUAAAUAUAUAAGACAGUUUAGUGUUUUGUUUUAGGAAAAUCAGGCAAGCGGUCCGCUGUAUAACAGUGGCUGCAACAAGCCAGAGUCGUAAACAUAGUAGAAGCGAAAAGUAAUGGAAACUGAAGAGUCACGAGAUGCAAAAGUGUGUGAUAGUCGAUUGUAACUGAAAGCAAGAACAAAUCAAAAUUAAAAACAUAAAAACAUAAACAUUUUCUGAAAUACUUAUGCAAAUUAUCAUGUUUAAUGUACAACUUUCUUAAUUACAUACAAAUGAGUAAGUUAGAUAAUGACGAGUAUUCGUCAAAGCAAAUCGUUAAUCCUUUGCGCACGCGUAGAAGCAGUGAAGUCAAGAAAAUGCUGUGAAUGCAGAUGAAUAUGUCUCUAUUAGAAGUGCUGAAGACAGAGAAAGUACCAAAACACAUGACACCUUUAAUAGGCAAACGAUUUUUUAGAAAUGCAUUUAGAGCUUUAUCCGCCCCAAAUUAAACACAUGAUGUUAUUAAAUACAUAUACUGUAUAUUAAUAAAAUUAGAGAAGAGCAUUAAGUAAAGCCAAUGGUAGCUUUUGAUAGGCCGAGGGAAAUCUUUCUUAGCACGUGAACAGUCGCUGGGAAAUCGUAGAGUUCUGAUAAAAUCAGUAAAAAAAUAUUAACAAAAAUAUACAUGCAGUGUUGCUGUAUCGGUGUGCUAUGAAAAAUUUCCAUUUGCUUUCGAGGAGUCACUCAAUAAUUUAACUAUUAGUGCUGGUCAAAUUUUUGCAAUGUACCUUCAACGUAUGUAUGUAAUUUUAAAUGAAUUGUUAUAAAACAUAUAUUAGUUGUAAGUAAUCGAAAAUUAUACACAUAAUUAGCAUGUAGUUGCAUAUACUCGUAUGUAAAACAAACCUAAUUGAAAUAGCGACGAACUAUAGUUAAUUAAUUAAUAAUAAAUAAUUUUAAAAUAUUUCUUUAGCCAAAAAACGCAAAAGCAGUUGCAAUUUUGGUGAAUUCACGUACAACGUGCGACCGAUAUCUCAAAAAGUCAAAAGAUUCAUGUCGAAUUGGCAAAAUCAAACGAUUUAACGUGUGUAUGUGACAAACAGAAAUGCGCGUUGCGCGUGCAGAAAAUAUUCUAAAUCAUGGAAGCGCCAUUGCUACAGUGUACAUUUGGUUUCCAAUUUGCUAUAUCGCCGGUUAAAAGUAUAUUUUCGCAUUUAAAGUGUAUUUUUGGUUUUAUAUUUCGUAAAGACAUUUGCAUUUAUCGUUGAACAACUUUCUGUUGUAUGCAGUUCCAAAAUGGUCGUUGACAGGAUAUUGACUUUGAACCGCGGUAAGAGGAACUUACGAACUUUAUCGCCCAUUAUUAAAAGCAGUCUCUAGUUAAUGUUCAAGUGAAGUGAAAUUCCGUUUGAGUAUCAAUCAAAAAUUCCUUUUCGUAUUCAUAUUAUAUUAUAUAAUUACUUUACUUGCAUUUGUUUGUGCUUUUCUCGAGCUUUCACUCGAAGUUUGUUUUUCUGAGCGAAGUGUCCCUUCGAAAAUUUCGUUGUAAAUAGGUUACUCAUGCGCCACGUCCGUCAAUCACAGAUAUACUAAUUUCAGGCCAAUGGUAUUUUUAAAAACAAAAUGUUUGAAGUGAAGCAAAUUGGCGGUCAUGUACUGGUUGAUUUAUUUGAACUAUUUUUCUGUUACAACUGAAUGUGAAGACUCAACGGCAACCUGAAGGGGAGACCGCUGUAAGAACUUAUCACACACAUCUUAGUGGCAAUGUUAAUAAUGAAGACAUUUUGUGUGAAAAAUCACACAUACAUACACGUUAAAGCUUUUGAAAUUGCCAACAUUUACAGCAAUUAACUGUAAUUUGAGCAAUUGCGCUAAAAGUCAACAAAUCAAAAUGAGCAAUAUUUUUAUAUUCGAAGCUACGUAGAUACCUACCUUCCUCUUUGAUUAAGUACACAAAUACCCGAAAAUUCACACACA